ACACAAUCCAACAACAGCACAACACCACACCACGAUGGCCGCCCUCGCCCCCGCCGCCGCUGUGCCCGAGCCUAGCGGCGCGGCAGCGCACGACCCCGCGCUGCUCGCGUCCCUCGAGGCGCGGAACGCCGUCUUUUCGUCGCUGCUCGCCCUCAUCCCGCAGCAGUACUACCUCGGCCCGAGCGAGGAGCAGCUCGACUCGAGGUGGAUGAAGAAGAAGAAGAGGAAGACGGGCGAGGAGAUCAAGGAGCACAAGAAGAAGGCCAAGCAGGACAAGCUCGACCCCGCAAACCUGUCGAGCACAGGCGCCGACGCCGCCCCAGCCCCCUCAAGCGUGCCCGACAUCCCGCCGGCGCUCAUGCCGCUCCCGCAGCGCCGGUUCGGCGCGCUGCCCCCCGCGGCGAGCAUCGGCGACCUGCGCGACAGGAUGAAGACGCGCCUGGACGCGUUCAAGCGCCAGCGCGGUGUCGACGAGGACGCCGAGGACGACGACCCGCAGAGCCGCUCGGCGCUCGAGGCUGCGCGCCGCGAGAAGCGCGGCGAGAUGAGGGAUAAGCGCCGCAAGGAGCGCAAGGAGGAGCGGAAGAAGGCGAGGUUGGAGCCCACGGCCAAGACUGCCAAGACCCAGCUCCUCGUACCCCAGCUCCCCCGCGAGACCGACAGCGUGACCUUCCCAUCCGUCGCCCUCCCGUCCGCCGCCAAGUCGCGCGCGCCGCUCAAGAAGCUCGCGAACGCAGGCCAGGCGCUCGCCCACCUCGAGAAGCACCAGAACAAGCUCGCGUCGCUGCCUGAAGACAAGCGCCGCGAGGCCGAGGAGCGCGACCGCUGGGCCAAGGCCGAGGAGCGUGCGGCCGGCGGCAAGGUCGCCGACGACGAAAAGGUGCUCAAGAAGGCCGUCAAGCGCGAGGAGAAGCGCAAGGCCAAGGGUGGCAAGGAGUGGGUCGAGCGCAAGCGUACCCUCGAAAAGGCGCAGGCCGCGUCCAUCAAGAAGCGCAACGACAACAUUGCUGCCCGCGCCGACGGCAAGCGGAAUAAGCGCCUGGGCAUCAAGGACAAGAGCGGCGACAAGAAGGCUGGAGGCAAGAGCAAGAAGGGGCGUCCUGGGUUCGAGGGCAAGAGCAAGGACAAGAAGGCGGCGGUGAAGAAGCGGGCGUAGGUGAGCGAGCGGAGCGCGGAGCGCGUAGCGGAGCGAGGCGUGGCCCAUAUACCUCGGCAUAGACAUGUAUGUGUAUCUUGAGACUGCCGCCGCGCCGCGCCGCGCUGCGCCGCACAAACAACAUAUGCUGCAUUAGAUGUCUAUCAACGGUGGUAUCCUCCGCCAUACGGUGCUUGUGGGCGGGCACCUUGGGGCGCGCCGUAGCCCGGCCCUCCAGCGCCAUAGCCUACUGGUCCGCCAGCGCCAUACGGGACAGCGUUGGGCUGCUGUUGCGGCGCGUACCCCUGCUGCUGCUGUGGCUGGGUGUAGCCGUAUCCGUACCCGGCAGCGGCGUACCCCUGCCCCUGCUGCGUGUACGCGUAGGCGUAGGCGGCGGCGCCGGGCUGUUGCUGGAGGUGUGGGGGCUGCGCGUAGGCGUAGCCUCCGCCGGCGCCAGCGUACGCCUGUACCGGCGGCGCUGCGGCGCCGCCAGCGCCGGGGCUAGCGAACCCCGCGCCGGGAGUAGGCCCUCUAGGCUGGCGCACGACGCCGGCGCCCGCCCCACCAGCACCGCGCGGCGUGCCCCGCCCGCUGGUGCUGCCACUGGGCCGCUGGACGGGCGUGUACCGCGACCCCG